CAAUUGGUCCAAAAAGCGUAAAAUCAGCAAUCAAGGGGGGCCUGGCUCGUUAGCGCAGGGGAUCCGAGCAGGGCAGGACAUGUGAGAUAGUCACAGUUUUCCAGAGAUCACGACAAGAUCUAACCAGUCGCGCGUGGUCCCCGGCGCCGGAGCGGGCCAGCCCAGCCCAGCGCAGAGCCCCCGCCACCCCCGCGCCCAGAGCCCCGCGCCCCUCGCCGUGCCUCGGACGGAGAGCCGGGAGGAGCCGCCGCUGCGCUUGCCACCCGGGUCGCCCUUCCUCCGCGCGCGCCGCCGCCCGGGCCGGGGGUCCGAGCCGCGCGCCCCCGGCCCCGGCCCCUGGGCGCCUGGGCCGGAUGUCCCGAUGAGAGAGCCGGCGCUGGCGGCCAGCGCCAUGGCUUACCACCCGUUCCACGCGCCACGGCCGGCCGACUUCCCCAUGUCCGCCUUCCUGGCGGCGGCGCAGCCCUCCUUCUUCCCGGCGCUCGCACUGCCGCCCGGCGCGCUGGCCAAGCCGCUGCCCGACCCGGGCCUGGCGGGGGCGGCGGCCGCGGCGGCCGCGGCGGCGGCGGCGGCCGAGGCGGGGCUGCACGUCUCGGCACUCGGCCCGCACCCGCCCGCCGCGCAUCUGCGCUCGCUUAAGAGCCUGGAGCCCGAGGACGAGGUGGAGGACGACCCCAAGGUGACGCUGGAGGCCAAGGAGCUGUGGGACCAGUUCCACAAGCUGGGCACCGAGAUGGUCAUCACCAAGUCUGGGAGGCGGAUGUUUCCUCCCUUCAAGGUGCGAGUCAGCGGCCUGGACAAAAAGGCGAAAUAUAUCCUGCUGAUGGACAUUGUGGCCGCUGAUGAUUGCCGGUAUAAAUUCCAUAACUCGCGCUGGAUGGUGGCUGGCAAGGCUGACCCAGAGAUGCCCAAACGCAUGUACAUCCACCCGGACAGCCCGGCCACGGGAGAGCAGUGGAUGGCCAAGCCUGUGGCUUUCCACAAGCUGAAACUGACCAACAACAUCUCCGACAAGCAUGGCUUCACCAUUCUGAACUCCAUGCACAAGUACCAACCGCGCUUCCACAUUGUGAGAGCCAACGACAUCCUGAAGCUGCCCUACAGCACCUUCCGCACCUACGUGUUCCCUGAGACCGACUUCAUCGCGGUCACUGCCUACCAGAACGAUAAGAUCACUCAACUGAAGAUCGACAACAACCCGUUUGCCAAGGGCUUCCGGGACACCGGGAAUGGCCGGCGGGAGAAAAGGAAGCAGCUGACGCUGCCGUCUCUGCGGCUGUACGAGGAGCACUGUAAACCGGAACGCGACGGCGCCGAGUCCGACGCCUCUUCUUGCGACCCUGCCCCCGCGCGGGAACCGCCACCCUCCCCGGGGUCAGUGCCUAGUCCCCUGCGCCUGCAUCGGACCAGAGCCGAGGAGAAGUCGUGCGCCGCGGACAGCGACCCAGAGCCGGAAAGGCUGAGCGAGGAGCGCGCAGGGCCGGCUCUCGGCCGCAGCCCGGCCCUGGACAGCGCCAGCCCCCCUCGCUUGACCGAACCUGAGCGCUCCCGGGAGCGGCGCAGCCCCGAGAGGGGCAAGGAGCCGGCGGAGAGCGGCGGGGACGGUCCGUUUGGCCUGCGGAGCCUAGAGAAGGAGCGCACGGAAGCAAGGCGAAAGGACGAGGGGCGCAAGGAGGCAGGCGAGGGCAAGGAGCCCGGCCUGGCGCCGCUGGUGGUGCAGACGGACAGUGCGUCCCCUCUGGGCGCCGGACACCUGCCGGGCCUGGCUUUCUCCGGCCAUCUGCACGGGCAGCAGUUCUUCGGGCCGCUGGGGGCCGGCCAGCCGCUCUUCUUGCACCCGGGGCAGUUCGCCAUGGGCCCCGGAGCCUUCUCUGCCAUGGGCAUGGGUCACCUGCUGGCAUCGGUGGCGGGCAGCAGCAGCAGUGGGGGGGCUGGCGGCCCAGGGACCGCCACCGGGCUGGACGCAGGCGGGCUGGGUCCCGCGGCCAGCGCCGCAAGCACCGCUGCGCCCUUCCCGUUCCACCUCUCCCAGCACAUGCUGGCAUCUCAGGGAAUCCCAAUGCCCACUUUCGGAGGCCUCUUCCCCUACCCCUACACCUACAUGGCGGCCGCUGCGGCAGCGGCCUCUGCUUUGCCAGCCACCAGUGCUGCGGCUGCAGCUGCUGCCGCUGCGGGCUCCCUAUCCCGGAGCCACUUUCUGGGCAAUGCCCGGCCCCGCCUGCGGUUCAGCCCCUACCAGAUCCCGGUCACUAUCCCGCCUAGCGCUAGUCUUCUCACCACGGGGCUGGCGGCGGAGGGCUCCAAGGCUGCGGGCAGCAACAGCCGGGAGCCCAGCCCGCUACCGGAGCUGGCUCUCCGCAAGGUUGGGGCCCCAUCCCGCGGUGCCCUGUCACCCAGCGGCUCAGCCAAAGAGGCGGCCAGUGAACUGCAGAGCAUCCAGAGACUGGUGAGUGGGCUGGAGAGCCAGCGAGCCCUCUCCCCCGGCAGGGAGUCGCCCAAGUGAGGGGACUGCCCAGCUGCUCCGCUGCCACGCAGACCUCCCCGGCUGCCUGCCCCUGCUGCUUGGGACGUGUACAGCACAGAAUGGGUAUUUAUUUAAAUAAAGGAGCAAAAGCGGGCUGCUGCAGCCGGAAUAGAGCCCUGGCCAGCCAGCCGGAGCCUGGGACAAUUCCCUAGGCCCCAAGAAGAACCCGGCUGCCGGGAACACAGUCGCUUAGGAGCCACUGGUCACUGUCCAGAUCUGCUCCGAUGUCAAAGUGGCAUUGGCCAGGUGUCCCUCCAGGUCCUCCAGCGCUGUGGGGAGGCCUCAUUGCCCCGCCCAGUGGUCUCAUCGGGAGACAGAAGGUGCAGGAGUCAGGGAUGGGAACUUCGGAGGGAACCCCAGAGCCCCUAGCCUUGGGCCUGGACCGCUUGAGAAUCUGCAGUAAGGGAUGCGGGCACAGUGAAGACUGAAAUCAGUGUAGACUUGAGCUGGGAGGGACCUGUUCUUUUAGUCCUCCCACUUCUUCCCCCGAAAGACAGGCGCUCCUCCCACCCCUCGGUCAGGGGAGGGAGUGGCACUUCUGCCUUGAGUCCCCAGGGGGAGAAAAAAAAAAAGAUAUUUAUAAAAUAAAUGGUAAUUUGUGUAAAUAAGCUUUAAGGUUCCCAGAAUAUACAAAUUGGUAUUAAUUUAUUCAAAGGUGUACAUUGCUGUGUACAUAAUAUUUAGAGAUUAAUUCAUAGCAUUUAAAAUUUCUUUUCAUUUUACAUAAGCAUCUAUAUUGUACAGGGCUGGGGGGUCCUCGGCUGCGGGAGAAGCCCCAUCCCUGGAGGGGCUCCCACCCCGCCAGCCCCUCGGCCCCUCCGCCCGGGCUUUGCUCGCCCGGCCCGCGGGCUCCACCUCAGGUUUUCACUUUUCGCUACCGAGCGAGACGAAAAGACAAAAACUCGAGAAAACAAUAAAACGCUGCAAUGCGAAGUGAACGGCGCUGUGCGCUCUGUGGGCCGCGUGGGGUAGGGGCGCAGCAAGCGCGUUAGGAGGGACUGG